ACUGUAGUCUUGAUUUUCUAUAUUUCCCAACAAUAAUCUAAUCUUAACCUACCAGCUGCCAGACAUGAGAACCAUACAGUUGCACCAUUAUAAUGCAUUGACCUUUUCCUAUUCCAAAUCUUACUGCUUUUUCAUUCUUUUGACCUUUACAUCAACGUAAACUUAGCUAUCUUUCCUUUUCUCAAGGAAAAAUACGUAACUUAGACAUUUAAUUAUUAAAAAAGUUUUGUUUUCAAUUUGAAACACAAUUUAUAGAAAUCAAAAACAAAACCAUUAUGAUGCUAUCAGAGUUGGUCCGGAAACAAAGGAGAAGAAAAUUUUGGUUCUUGACCGGAGUCCGACAAUCGCCGGCGGAUUUCAAGGUAUAUAUAGUGACUACAGUUUGCACUUCAGAUACUGCGUUUACGCAUUGAACAACCUCCUCAUCAUCCAUCUUAGAUAACUGAUUCUCUCUUUAAAAAUCCGACUACACCUUUCAAUUCUUGCUGAAAGAUAGUACCUUUUUUUGUUAGUGGGAUGAUGAAUUCAGAUUCAAUCUCCCUCAUAGCAUCAAGCAACAACAAGCCAAUGGCAAUACCCACAAAGGAGGAGGAAGAAGAAGAACCACCAAUUUCCACCACUUCUUUGCUUUCUUUUGACACAGAUUCUUCUUCCCUGUCUACUCCUUCUAAACACCCUUUGACUACUCUAAUUUUCACAGCCCUAAUUCUUGUCACUUGUAUAGCUCUCUCUGCAGCCUUUGCCUUUGGUUUCCUCUUCUUUUCCUCCUCUUCACGUCCUUCUCUAUCCAUUUCUGAUGAUAUAUCAGUUAGGCCACUCAAGAAACUCAAACGUCCAGUUGUUCUCUUGGUUUCUUCAGAUGGGUUUCGCUUUGGAUAUCAGUACAAAACAGAUACCCCUAAUAUCAAUAGACUGAUCAAGAAUGGGACAGAAGCUGAAUUGGGUUUAAUACCUGUGUUUCCAACUUUGACUUUUCCUAAUCAUUAUGCUAUUGUUACUGGAUUGUACCCUGCUUAUCAUGGUAUUGUUAACAAUUAUUUUCUUGAUCCCAAUACUGGUGAAGCUUUUAGUAUGAAGAGUUAUGAUCCCAAGUGGUGGCUCGGUGAGCCGCUUUGGGAAACUGUGGUCAAUCACGGUCUUAAAGCUGCUACAUAUUUCUGGCCUGGCUCUGAGGUUAAUAAAGGAGGUUGGACUUGUCCUCAAUCUCUCUGUGUGAUAUAUAAUGGUUCUGUUCCAUUUGAAGAAAGAGUUGAUACAGUUUUGAACUACUUUGACUUGCCAAGUGAUGAAAUCCCGUCGUUUAUGACGCUCUAUUUCGGAGACCCUGAUCAUCAGGGUCACAAGGUUGGCCCAGAUGAUCCACAGAUCACUGAAGCCAUUACAAGAGUCGAUAGGAUGAUUGGGAGGUUGAUCCGGGGUUUAGAGGAAAGAGGGGUUUUUGAGGAUGUGAACAUCAUAAUGGUCGGCGAUCAUGGUAUGGUUGGCACUUGUGAUAAAAAGUUAAUCUUUUUAGAGGAUUUGGCUCAGUGGAUUGAAAUCCCAAAGGAUUGGAUACAGUCAUAUAGUCCAUUGUUUUCCAUUCGUCCACCACCAAGUUACUCCGCCAAGGAUGUGGUUACCAAGAUGAACAAGGGCUUAAAGUCAGGAAAGGUUGAGAACGGUCAGUAUUUGAAAGUGUAUCUGAAGGAGGAGCUGCCUGCUCGGCUUCAUUAUUCAGCUAGCGACCGAAUACCACCCAUCAUUGGGUUGAUUGAUGAAUCAUUUAAGGUCGAGCAGAAGAGCUCAAAAAGGAAAGAGUGUGGUGGAUCUCAUGGGUAUGACAAUGCAUUCUUCUCAAUGAGGAGCAUCUUCAUUGCACAUGGUCCUCAGUUUGCCAGGGGCCGUAAAGUCCCAUCUUUUGAGAACAUUCAGAUUUACAACCUGGUUACCACAAUCCUUAAUAUACAAGGAGCACCCAACAAUGGGACAACAUCAUUUCCAAAGACGAUUCUUUUACCCAGCCACUAAGACAUUUUUGAGAAAGCUAAUUACGGAUGUGAGAGAAUAUCAUCUGUUUUUGUAUGCCUCACUUAGCAAUUAAAAAGAAAGACUGUUAAAAGCUGAUGUAAGGUGAUGAACUACUUCUGAAUAGAACACAAAUUCAGGGAAGUAGGAACGAUUUUUUCUUCCUACGAAUCUUCGUUUACUUCAUUUUAAAACUUUCUUUUUGGGCAAUCUUGGUUCCCUACACAAACAAGGAUGUGUAUGCUCCAAGUUAUAUCAAUGGAAACUCAGACCCUACGAUAUGGAAAACGAAAGCCUUUGAAUUGAAGGGCAAUUUGAUUUUUUUCCUGUGUUCCUAUGGAGAUAUUGGCAUUACUAUGUGAAAAUGGUGUAUUACUGUUCAACUACUGCGAAAAGGCUUGACACACACCCCAUAAACAUAAAAGCAAAUUGCAUGUGAAGAAUUUCUGUGAACCAUAUUUUACGAGGAGAGCAAUCUACUUUGAUA